AUGUUGAGGUCAAAUAGGCUUAUUAUAAAUGCGACUCGUGCCAAACAAUAUUCUAAUGUUUUAUCAACACGAGACAUAACGAUUGGAACAUUUUACAACGAUCUGGGAGUAGUUUUGGGUAUGUUAAUAUAAGUUUGUUUAUAUAUUUUGAAAUUCAAGGGACAAAGCUUGUUUAUAUUGGUAUCAUUAGACAGCUUUGGAUAUUUAGAAUCUUUCUGGUUAUAAAAGUAAUGGUUUGGUGUUGGUUUUGUAUUAUAGUUUAGCGUUUUAGCUCGACACACCAAGUGGAACGACGUUACUAGGAGGCGACCGGUAAACUCGGCUCCAUUGACCGCUGCCGGUACUGGUGGUUCUCCUAGAGGUAAAAAAGACGAUAAAGAUGAUAAAGAGAAGAAACGUAAGUUAUUUUGAUUUGUUUUUUUGAUUUUAGAGAUCAAUUUGGAUGUUAUGAUAGAUAUUGGUCUCGUCUUAUCUAAAAGGUUGAUUUUUUUGGUGUUUAUGGUUAAUUUCUGGUCUUGUACGUGAAAUAUAUGUAGUUUGGUUUUUAGUAAAGGAAAUGAUGGAGCUGAUGAAGCGAAUUCAAAGUGGAAAAGCGACUUCUGAAGAUUCGAAGAAGUUGGAAAAGUUAUAUCAAAAACAUGGGCCCCAUUGUAAGUUUUUAAUGUUUUUGUUGUAAAAUACCUUACUACAAAGGUUGUACAGUAUAAUUUUGCUAGAAAACUAACAUUUCUCUAGCGUUAAACUAAACUUACGACAUUUUCACGGCUCAACUAUUUUAUUACAGCUGAGGCUGAAAGUUUAAGGAAACUCCGUCUGGCGCUUACAAAGGUGACACGAGAUGAGGAAACACCUUCUGAUUUGAAAGAGAUUAGAAACGCUUUGUUGAGGUCAAGUAAGGUUUAAUUUUUUGAAUAUUUGAUUUGUAAAAAAAGUUUUUGCUUUUUUUUGGUUUGUAAAGUAAGUUCUUGCUGUUUUAUGUUUAUAAAGAAAGUUCUUGCCAUUUUUUGCUUUGUAAAGAAAGUUAUUGCUAUUUUUUGUUUUUUAAAGAAACUUCUUGCCAUUUUAGUUUUUGUAAAGAAAGUUGUUUCCAUUACACGUUUUAUAAAGGGAGACCUUACAAAAACGUCAUUUUAGCUGUUGACAAGCCGAUGAGACGAAAAUUAUUCAUGUAUUUCUACGACAAUUACAUUGACAAAGCCUCUAAUUACAAGAAAGCCACAAAAUCAGAUGAAAAAGAAGAAAAGAAGGAAGAAAAAGAAGGAAAGGAAGAAGAACAAGCUGAAAAGUCUGAAGAGCAAAAACAAGAGGAUAACAAGAAUGAUAUAAAGGAACGUUUGAAAAGAGCAUUAGCCGUCACAUUAUUCUUCUAUGGGUUAUUGGUACUAAUUAGAGGAGCUAGUAGUCCAGAGAAUGUUAAUGUAAAGGAUGUUACCUGGAGUGAUUUUAAGAACAAAUUGUUACCUACUGGGCAGGUGAGGAAAAGCUUAGUUUGAUAAUGAAAUUUUGGUUAUAUGAUGAAUUUUUGAAAAUAGUAUGGUUAAAAGGGAUUGGAAAGACGAUUUUAUGAUUAAAACUGUACAUUUUAUACGAUGAAAGGUGUCCAAUUUAAAAAUGAAUGUUUAGGUAUCAAAAAUCCGUGUUUUCCCGGAAAAAGAGCUGGCCUACGUCUACUUGUAUCAAAACUCGAAGGGUUUGGAUGGAAUCCCACUGGAACCGACUUACCGCCUUCAAAUACCGUCGUUGGCACGCUUCGAACGUGAAGUACGAGCCGUCGAAGACGCAGUGGGGCUGCCACCAGAACAUUGGACUCAAAUCGAGUUCACCCGUCUCGAAGGCAUCAAUAAUUUGCUGGUGACCGGAGUGUUGUUAGCAAUCGGCUUUGGCAUCUACUAUAUGGUGAAGAAGAGCAACUUCAAAAUGUCCGCACAGAGCGUGAGUUGAUUUUAAUUUUUUGGGGGAGGAUGGUGGUGGUUGAGUGGUAAAAUACGAGGUUCCGCGGUGGUCUUGAUGACCUAAAAUUAAAAAAAACUUUUUGGGCUAAAAAACAAGCUAUAGAGUAGGGUACGGUAAAGAAAUUUAGGGCUAAGCGGGAUGAAUUAAGCUAAAGUUGGGUAGGGUAAGAUACGUUUCAGUGGGACAAGGUAUAAGAAAAGAAUAGGGCAUUGCAGUCUUGGCUUGGAGUCAGAGCAGGCUACAUUACGGUAGUUAAAAAUGAUAGGGUGAGGUAGAGUAGGGUACAGUAGGGCAACGCAGGGUAGAUUGGCUUAAGGUAGGGUUUGUUAAUCAAAAUUAUGGUAAUUAUAUACAAGGUGCGGUAUGCUAGGGUAGGGAAAGGUAAGGUGAGGUAGGGUAGAUUAGGGUAGGGUAGCGUAAGGUAAGAUGUGGUGGGGUAGGGUAGGCUAGUGUAGAGUAGGGAAGGGUAAGGUAUGGUAGAGUAGCGUAAAGUAAGGAAAGGAAAGGUAGGGUAGAAAAAGACAUUUUGGCCUAAGAUUGAUCUAAAAUCCUUAAAAAAUCAGCUGGCGUUGAUAAGUUUAAAAGUUGAAUUUAUAAACUAACAUUAAUAGACAGUGAGAGAGUGUCAUUAUUUUUUUUUUUUUAUCUUUGUAAAUUUAAAAAAACACUUGGACAAGAAUUAAUGGCGAAUGAGUAAAGCACAGGCAUUCAAGCUUAUAAUGUUGCCAAUUGAUUAGUUUAAAAAAACUUCAAAACAGACGAUUUGAAGUUGAAAUGCAGUGGAACUCCUUUAUAACGAACAAAUUCCAAGUCCCCGAGCGAUUCGUUACACAGGAGUUCUACAGUAGUACAAAAUUAUCUAUAGUACUCUAGAAUACCACAGCGAAUUAAGGAUCUAUUAAAAUUUGCACUAUAUGGGUAUGGAAAAAGCCUUGUCGUUUAUUAGUACUGAUUUGUACUGCAAAAAACGACAAGACUUUUUAAACAAUUAGGUAUUGAUAAAAAAAAGUAGUGUAAACUGUUUUAAGUUAUUAUUUAACGUACGUAAUAUCGUUUUAUAAAAAUUGACAAAUCAAAACAAUGUUACUACAGUGGAACUCCUGUAUAACGAAUCGCUCGCGGACUUGAAAUUUGUUCGUUAUAAAGGAAUUUCGUUAUACAGGUUUUAAAUGCACUGUGUAGUGGUAGACGGGAAUUCAAAAGUUGUUCGUUGUACAGGAGUCUCGCUGAUCGUACUGUAAUUUAUUUUAUAAUAAAAAAAAGAAAAAAUUUUUGAUUUUAUGGCCAUUUCAAAAAAAAAAUCUUUGACCUGGAUGUUUAUUCCUUUUUUGGCUAAUAUUUAUCUGUAUGUUUAUCAAUUUAACCAAAAAAAAGCGAAUAUCAAGUUUAAAUUUUUAACUUUUAAUUUUUUAAAAAAUUUUUUAAAUUUUGACAUUUUGAACCAUUUCAUUUCCAGUUCGCUCCCUUCUCCAAAGCCAAAAUCAACAUUAUCGAUCCGAAAGCGCCUGAGGGAAAGUCCAAACUCAAAAUCAAGUUCAAAGAUGUGGCCGGCCUUCAUGAAGCCAAAGUGGAGAUUAGCGAGUUUGUGGACUAUUUGAAAAACCCACAAAAAUACACGAAAUUGGGAGCUAAGCUGCCUAAAGGCGCGAUUUUGACUGGUAAGUAGGUGUGUAGUAUUGGGCGUGGUAAAAGUGAGAGGAGGGGGGGAUGGGGGGGGAGAGAUAGGUGUUUUGCUAGGUAUGGUUUAAAAAAUUUUUUGGUUGGGCUAAUUGAAAAAUUUUGGUGGGCGUGGUAAAAAAAAAUUUUUUGGGGGGGGGGGGAGAGAGGGUAAAAAAAAAGUUUUGCGGGGCUUCAAAAACACUUUUUAAAGCUUUUGCACUAAAAUAUUUUGGUGGGUGUGGUAAAAAAAAUUUUUUGGUAGGGGGGGGAUAAAAAAUUUUUUUGAGUGUGGGAUUAUAAAGGUAAAAUAAUUCUUGUCUUUACCUACAGGCCCACCCGGAUGUGGCAAAACCCUAUUAGCCAAAGCAUUGGCGGCCGAGUCAUCAGCACCAUUCAUCUCAAUGAAUGGUACCGAAUUCAUCGAAAUGAUCGGAGGUCUAGGAGCCUCUAGAAUUCGAGAUUUGUUCAAAGAAGCCAAAAGAAGAUCACCAUGCAUCAUUUACAUCGAUGAAAUUGAUGCCAUUGGCAAAAAGAGAAGCGAAGGCAGAGGAGGGUUGGUUGAGGAUUUUGUGGUAGAGAUCUGGUGGGGUUGGUGGGGGAAGAUUGGUUUUUAUGAGGGAAAUUGGGGAGACUGCGUAGCAUUUUUUGAUUGUAAUUGAUUUUAUAGUGGCUUCGUAUUUUACAAUCAAAAAACUUAAUAUGUGCUUUUUUUACCAAAAUUUAGUAAUUUUUUUCAAAAUUUCAACGAUUUUUGAUAAAAAUUUCAUGUUUAAAGACAAGUGUUUUAUCUAAAAUGUGUUAUUUUAUAUAGAAAAUGAGGUAAUUUUAUGUUUAAAAUGAUGUUGUUGUAGGUAUGGCGGGGGUAAUGGCGAAGAAGAACAAACGUUGAAUCAGUUACUGGUCGAAAUGGACGGAAUGGACACGAAUCAAGGUGUAAUUUUGAUAGCUUCAACCAAUCGACCGGACAUUUUGGAUAAAGUAUGGAGCUUUUUGGUUUGAAAAAUUUGAUUUUGAGGUUAGAGGGGGGUAGAAUUUUGAAAAAAGGGUUAUUGGGGGGGGGAGGGGAAGGGGGUGUUUUUUUAUUUUUUUUGAAAUUUAAGAAUAGUAUUUUUUUAAAUAAAAAAAGUUAAAAAUGCCGUAAGUUGUACCUUUUUUUAUAUUUCAAAGUAUAAAGUCAUAUUCACCCAUUUCCAGGCCCUAAUGAGACCAGGCCGCUUCGAUCGUCACAUCUCCGUCGACCUCCCCACAAUUAUCGAAAGGAAAGAACUUUUUGACCUAUACGUGAAAAAGAUCAAGCUAAAUCAAAACCACCCAGAACACCUAACUCAACGUCUCGCCCAAAUGACACCCGGUUUCUCCGGCGCCGACAUUGCCAACGUCGUGAAUGAAGCCGCGAUUCAUGCGGCUACAGACCUCCACAAGCAAGUCGAAGUCACCGACCUUGACUUUGCACUACAAAAAAUCAUUGCCGGGCCAGAGAAACGAUCAAAGGUACUGGUACAGGAGGAACGAGAAGUUGUGGCAUGGCAUGAGAGUGGGCAUGCUCUGGUGGGCUGGUUACUGGAACAUACAGAUGCUUUACUGAAGGUCACCAUCAUUCCGAGAACUUCUGCGGCUUUAGGAUUUGCUCAGUACAAUCCAAGGGACAAGAAAUUGUUUGGCAAGGAUGAGGUAGGCAUGGGUGUGAAAAUGAGAAAAUUGGGGUGGACUGGCGGGUGGAGUCGGUUUUGAGGGAAAAAGUAGUUUGACUUCAUCUUAUUGUUAAGGGUCAGUUUGUUGAUAAAAAUUUUGGAAAAUGUUAUCAUCGUGAUCAGCUUAAAAUGCAGAUUCUUAAUUUUCAAGAAAGAUUUUAAGUUGACAUGUUAUACGAUGAAAAAUGUCUAAAAAAGUCAAUUUUUUCUCAAAAAAUAGCGAUUUUAGCCCAAAAAAUAGAUUUUUUUUGCCAUUUUUAUAGUUUUAAACAUUAAAAUAGGUACUAAUUUAUACUAAAACUAACCCAUAAUAAAAGGCAAUCUCAAUUUACAGCUAUUCGACCGAAUGUGCAUGAUGCUAGGCGGCCGUGCGGCCGAGAACAUCACGUUUGGCCGUUGCACCACCGGCGCUCAAAACGAUUUGGAAAAAGUGACACAACAAGCCUACGCCCAAAUCAAACGAUACGGUUUCUCGAGCAUAGUAGGACCACUAAGUUUCGCGUCCGAGCCGGGUCAAGAACGGGCGGAACAGUUCCAGCGAAAACCGUACAGUAAACAUUUGGGUAAUGUCAUGGAUUCAGAAGCCAGGACCUUGGUUAAAGACGCGUAUUUGGCUACGGAACAGCUGUUGAGACAAAAUCAGUCGAAACUGGAUUUGGUGGGUUGAGUUUGACGUUUUUGGUGGGGAAAUUUUUAAAAAAUGGAGGUUAUGGACAUUUUAUACGAUGAAACAUGUCCGCGGCUGUUAUAUAUUAUAUGUAUGACAAAACUUAUGUUAUGGUGUCUUUUGCACUCUAAAAAUAUCUUUUUGGGUGCUAAUUUUCAUGAAUGGCCUAUAUGUUCCGUAUUUUACAAUUUUUUUUUGUUGUGGACAUGUUAUACGAUCAAACAUGUUUUUGAAAAACUAUUUUUUUUUUAAAUUUCAUCGUAUUUUACAUUUAAAAACCACUUUUCAGUUAGCAAAAACCCUGUUGGAGCGAGAAACGCUGUCGUACGAGGACGUGAAACAACUCAUCGGUCCACCAAAGUACGGCGAAAAGAACGUGGUAGACCUGGCUGAUAUGGUACUACCCAAAGACGAUUAG